AUGGUCACCACAAUACGAAUAUCCAUAAUAUGGCUUUUGGUCAUUGGGUUAUGUCUGGUUGUGUUUGCGCGAUUGAGUAAGGGUUAUGAUGAUUUUGAAUUAGAAAAAGAUGAGCAGAGCUCGUCCUUGGUGCGCCGUGGUCGUGGUGACUCGCCGACCGAUAAUAUAACUGACAACACUGUAGAUAAGGUUAAAGAUAAAUCAACCCAUUUAGGUACACCUGUAUUUGACAGCUCUAAAUCCAGUACCAACGAUGCAUCUAUAGUUGACGACCCUAAGCCUCGUCCUGCGAAAAAACCUAUAGUUGACGACAGUCCCAUAGAUAAAGUUAAAGGUGGACAUAACCCUAAGCCCAAUCCCGUAGAUACGAAUAUAGUGGACAAUAAACCUGGCCAUAAAUCCCCUAAACCCAAUCCCGUAGAUACGAAUAUAGUGGACAAUAAACCUGACCAUAAAUCCCCUAAACCCAAUCCCGUAGAUACGAAUAUAGUUGACAAUAAACCUAACCAUAAACCCCCCAAACCAAGUUCCGUAGAUACGAAUAUAGUUGACAAUAAACUUGACUCUAAACCCUCUAAAUCUAAAAACAAGCCUAACCCUACGUCCGACUCUGAGCCCAAUUCCGUAGAUACAGAUACAGCUAAAGACAAGUCCAAAUUUAAGUCUAGUAAAUCUGACCAUGAGCCCAAUACAACUAAACUUAAGCUUAACCAUAAGCACGACCCUGAGCCCACCGUAGAUGCAGCAGACAAAACUAACAAUAAGUCUAAGUCUGACCCUAAACCCAGUCUCGUGGAUACAAUUAAACCUAAGCUUAACCAUAAGCUCGACCCUGAGCCCACUCCCGUAGAUGUAGCAGAUACAACUAACGAUAAGUCUGAUCCUAAGUCUGACCCUAAACCCAGUCCCGUGGAUACAGGUACAACUAAACCUAAGCUUAACCAUAAGCUCGACCCUGAGCCCAGUUCCGUGGAUGUAGCAGAUACAACUAAAGAUAA